UAGUAAGUACGUGGGCGUCGGCGCGUGGGAACGACUUUGAUAUCGAAGAUUUAUCAGUUGUCGAUCGUUUGCUUUGGGUUGCUUGUUGAAUCCAACUAAUUUUCCAGCUUCGCCAUGUCUUCACCUGCUGAAUACUAUCAGUCUCUUCCACCUAUAACCAAAGCUUAUGGGACUGCAUGCUUGAUGGUAACUGUUGCAUGUCAAAUUGGGCUACUCCAUCCUGAACUAAUUGGACAUGCACCUGAGGUGACAUUUUGGCGUUUCCAGGUGUGGCGACUAAUUACCAACUUCUUUUUUCUUGGCAAGUUUUCGAUCAAUUUUGGGAUUCGGCUCUUAAUGAUAGCAAGAUAUGGAGUUCAACUGGAAACUGGACCGUUCCAAAGACGCACAGCUGAUUUCUUGUGGAUGAUGUUGUUUGGAGCUCUCUCUUUAUUGGUUUUAUCUGCCAUACCAUUUUUCGAGUCUGCAUUUUUAGGGAUAUCUCUUGUAUUCAUGCUUCUGUAUAUCUGGAGUAGAGAAUUCCCCAACGCCACCAUCAACUUAUAUGGUCUUCUCGCUCUUAAGGCAUUUUAUUUGCCGUGGGCAAUGCUCUGUUUAGAUGUCAUCUUUGGUUCUCCGAUUGUGCCGGAUCUUUUGGGUAUUAUUGCUGGCCAUCUUUAUUACUUCCUAACAGUAUUGCAUCCGCUUGCUGGUGGGAGGAAUAUACUGAAGACGCCAUACUUUAUUCAAAAAAUAGUUGCAAGGUGGAGAAUCGGCGCUCCGGUGAACAAUGCUCCUCAGGCGGACAGGACUUCUGGUGUGGCAUUUAGAGGGAGAUCUUAUCGUCUUAAUGGAUAAUAACACUCAUGGUGUUCGUUAUUCCUUUAAAGCUGCUAUUGGUAAGAAAAGUGAGUUUCUUUUUACUCCGGCUAACUAAAUGUAAUUCGGACUUACGGGUUUGGGUAGCAGAACUUGUGAAAUUUAUUUGCUGCAGCCGUUAAGGCAAAACCAUCUUUUAUAUAGAAAAAAACAAAGUAAAUAUAAGGUAGAGUGAUAUCAGUGCUUUUUCUGGAUUAUUGAUGAUGGUAUACUUGCAAAUUUCGUUUGAACUAUUUUACUACAUUUUGAUA